AUGCAGAUACUUAAUAUAGGAACCCUUGCAUUAACAUUAUUCCAAGCUGCACAGAUAGGAUGCUACGACUUCAUGGUUAAAAAACCAGUUAAAUAUAACCAGCCGUUCGUGUGUCCCUGUGAGUAUAACUUCGAUCCCGUCUGCGGCUCUGACGGGGUCACAUACACCAACCGAUGUUUGCUCGAAUGCUACAGCAACAACGGCGACAAGACGGGCCAACCGCCAGUCACCGAGUGCACUGACGGCGUCACGUGCAGCGAUUGUGUUUGCCAAUCGAUACACCUCCCAGUGUGCAGCAUGAGCGGUCAAACGUACCCUAACGAAUGCGAGUUGUCAUGUGAGAACCACAGACGCGCGCAGGGGAAACGACCGCUCGAAUACCUCGCGUACAGAGCCGCUUGCCUCGGCCCUCCCGGCGAGUGCUCGACCAUCGCAUCCCCCGUAUGCGGCUCCGAUAACAUCCAGUAUAGAAACCUUUGCGAACUCAACUGCGCUAACGGCAACGCCAAAACUAAAGGUCUACCUCCGAUCGAGUUCAAGAACGUAGGAGCCUGUCUAGAUGCAUGCCAGUGCCCCGAUAUGCAGUACCCCGUUUGUGGAAGCGACGGCAUCCAAUAUGAUAACCUCUGUGAAAUCGCGUGUCAAAAUAGACAGCAGAAUUGCUCUUUAAGUGGUCCUGUCAUGCCUGCACCUACCAAAACAUGUCAACCGUGUAUAUGCUCAGCGGAAUAUAACCCCGUGUGUGGAAGUGACCGAACUUAUGGCGAGCUAGAGGCGAGAACUUUCUCGAGUCCGUGCGAGCUUAACUGUGAGGCUAAAAGAACCAACAACCCGAAUUUGAGGGUCAUAGGUUUCGGUGAAUGUCCGUCGUGUUUCUGCACGGGACAGUACCUGCCGGUUUGUGGCACUGACUGUCAAACUUAUACAAACGAGUGUGAGCUGAGAUGCGCCAACAACCGUCGGCCGAAGAGUGACCCGGCGAUAAGCAUGUUCCACUCCGGUCCGUGCCAGGUGGAGGACUGCGACUGCAGUCACUGCGACACGGAGUACAUGCCGGUGUGCGGCAGCGACGACCUCACCUACUGGAACUUGUGCUGGUUGAACUGCAACAGCGACUGCAGCAAGAAACAGAGUGGCAAACAAAUAUACAUGGCUAAAAGAGGGUCAUGUUCUCUCUGAUUCAAUUUAUACAAAUCCUUUUGUGAUCUUAAUUAAAGUCAAAUGCAAUAAUUACUGUACUUUCUGCGAAAAUAGUGAUGUUUUAUUAGAUAAAUAUUUAUGUUAUUAUUCCUGCUCUA